CUCGAUCGAAAGCACAUCGAACUCACAAACGCCCACCACCAUCGUACAACGCAGCCAAGAUGUCGCUGAAGAGUGUCUCCUCGAGCCUGCCCAAGUCUGGGUGGGAUACACUGCACAAGCUGAUCACCGCCGGCGCCUCUGCCUCCGAUGUUUCUUCCUCUGGCGUUUUGAAGACGCUUGUGGGUCUCAUCAAGAAGAACAAAGAAAUGGAUAAGGUGGCGCAAUCCCUCGCCACCAUGGCUGGCGCCUCCAAAGACAUCGGUGCAAUGCUGAUUACCAACAAGGUGUUGGAAGCGCUGCAGUCUGCCAACUCCUCCUCCUGGUCAACUGCUGCCAAAACCAGCAUUGCCAGCAUGCUCCGCCACCUCGCUCUUGCCCACCAGAGCGACACCUUCCGUGCGUUUCCCCUGAUCAUCGAGCUUCUUAACACCGGGCCCGACGCCGCGCAGGAGGAAGUGGCAGCUGCUCUGCAGGCGCUUGCAUACAACGCCGGCCUCAAGCAGCAGAUUGUCGAUUCUGUCCACCUUGCAGACAUUUGCAAGGCGGUGGACACGUCUCGCCCGAUCCGCGUGCAGCGCUGCUGCAUGGCUGCACUCAACAACCUCUCCGUCAGCUCCCACACCACGGGUCUGGAUGCCAAGAUGUUCAAGAAAGGCGUUCUUGAGACAGUCGUGAGCGUGAUGAAGGAGAACGAUGACGGCGAGGUUCUGAAGCACACCUACUGCUUCACCCGCAACAUCACGCUGGCGCAGGAAGACGUCAAGGCGUAUCUCACAGACAACGGCGCAAAGUGCAUCUUCCACGCCCUCCAGCACAGCGCCGGCCCCGUCCGCGAGCACUCUGCAGGUCUCAUCCGCAAUUUGGGCACGAACGGGUCUCAGGCCAACGCGCGCAAGAACGCCAUCAUUGAUGCCGGAGUCAUUCCAGUUCUGGUCAAAACGCUCAAGAACGACCAGCAUGCCGGCGCCAAGCUCCAGGCCGCCUAUGCGCUGUGGAACCUGUCCAACUCGACGCACGGCGCAAAGACCAUCAUGAACAUGGGCCUCGUCCCAGAGAUCCUGGAGAUCUACGAGCCCGUCACGUGGGACGACAAGCUGAACAACGAGGUGUACAAGAGCAAGCUGGUUGGCGUGCUGUGCUGCCUGUGCGCCAACGCUGGGGAGGACGGCUGCAACAAGCUGCGCGAACACGGCCUGCAGAACCACCUCCACCCGCUCAUGAUGUCCAAGGAUGCGUCGCGCCAGCCCAUCAACGCUGCAUGCGGCCUUGCCAACUUGGUCGGUCACCUCGAGAACCACCCGCUGCUGGAAGCGAACACCACCAUCUUUGAAAUGAUCUGCGAGUGCAUCGAGGCAACGCGCAAGGGCCAGGCGUACCACGGCGCUUACUACUCCGAGUGGGGGCUUGUGCGCAACCUGGCGAACAUGUCCGUGUCAGACUCCAACAAGCCGCUGCUGAAGAAGACCAAGUCUGUUGAGUGUGCCUGCCGCGGGUUCCGUGUUGGCGCCAAGUACAUCAAGCAUGAGGACUGCGUGGCGAAGCUCAUCUCCAACAUGAGCUUUGCGUACAAUCUGGAGACAGACUUUGAUGUGGACGUCAUGUCCAUUGUCCGCGACAUCAAGGACAAGUCCAAGUCCCCAGAGGCCCGCAAGAUGGCUGAAGUUGCGCUGUUCCAGCAGAAGUUCCGUGAGGAGAAGCCUGCUGACCUGCAGGCGAAGGUGAAGGCAGCCGCAGCCAGCAGCGGCGAGAACGGCCACGUCAUGAUCUCCUACCCGUGGAAAUGGCAGCCGCAGAUGGUUGCACUGAAGAAGUUCCUUGAGGACAACGGCGUGAGCUGCUGGUUUGACCUGGACGACAUGUCUGGUAGCACGCUGGAUGCCAUGGCCACUGCUGUGGAGGGCGCGUGUGCGGUGAUUGUGUGCCUCUCCUCCGAGUACAAGGAGAGCGCCGCCUGCCGCUCCGAGGGUGAAUACGCCUUCAACCUCAAGAAGCCAAUUGUGCCUGUGAAAGUUGACCUGAACUACCACCCCGAUGGCUGGCUGGGCAUGCUGCUCGGCUCAAAGCUCUACUUUGAUGUCUCCUCAGACAGCGCCAUGGCCACAAACGGGCCAAGCCUGCUCAAGGAGGUUCUGAAGCACUACAAGGGCAAGAGUGGCCCGCAGCCCGGCGGCCACAGCAUCAAGCCGCCACCGCCGGUGCAGACGCCGACAAAGGGUGAUGCGCCAAAGUCUGUGCCGUCCACCCCCGCCCCUGCACCUACGCAGACGGCACCUGCCGCCCCAGGGGUCAGCGCAGACGUGAUCAAGACCAUUCUCGACUCGUUCCUCACCAACCUGGAGAAGACACGCGAGAACAUCACAAAGCAUGUUGACGAGCGGUUCAACGCCCUGGAUGAGCGCGUGCGCGCCCUGGAGCGCAAGGUUUUCAAGAAGUAAACGCAGCACACACACGCACACAAGAUGUGGUGACCGCUUCUGGUUUGUUGGUCCCUCUGCGUCACCCGGUUCAAAUUGUUAACCACCUUGUUGCCUGCUUCCUUUCCUUGCACUUGUUGCCUGCUUCACCCAUUCACUCGUUCCUUGCUUCACUUGUUGUGCUUGCUCGCUCGCUCUCUCUUGCUUGCUCGCUCUCUCUUGCUUCCGUGUUUGCCUCGUUUGCCUCAUUGCAUUCGUUUCCUUCUCCGCCCGCGUUUUGAGUGGCGACGAUUUGCAUAAACACCUUAGAAAUUUCG